AUGAAUAACUUCUUGUCAAAACAAAAAGAUUUUCAUUUUGUUUUUGAUUUCUUAUAAUUGAUACAAGUACUUCUGCGGGUAUAAAUUUUAAAAUUUUAUUAAUAUUUUUAUUUAUAAAAAAAAUUGGAUAAAACUGGCAAGAUGAGCAACAAUAGUUUAAUGGAACACAAUAACGUUUGCGCUUUUGAGCAUUAUUUAACAAGCUAGGUACAAUUAUUCAAUAGAAUAUUUUUAGGAAUUUAAAAUUGCUUAUAAAAUUGAAGAGGCAUUAUAAGAAAUUAAUAUUGCUUUGAAUCUUAAUCCUAAAUUUGCAGAAGCUUACACUUUAAGAGGUUUAAUAUUUUAAAUUUAAAUUUAGGAGAAUUAUAUGAAAAAAUGAAAUUAUAUGAUUAGGCAUUGGACGAUGUAAAUUUUAGUAUAUCAAUAAAUAAUAAUAAUGCUGAAAGCUAUUAUUAAAGAGGUAAAACUUUAAUCUUAUUUUUUAAGCAACAAUUUGUUACAGAAAAAAAUAAUUUGACCAAGCUUUAUAGGAUUGUAUGAAAUGCAUUUAGAUAGACAUAAAUUUUGCUUUAGCUUAUUGAAAAAUUGGUAAAAGAAUAAAUAUCAAUUUUUAGGUACAAUUAUGUAUGAUUUAAACUAAAAAGACAAAGAAAUCUUAUAUUAUAAUUAAGCUAUAGAAAAAGAUUAUAAUUGUUAUUUUGCUUUUAUGUGUAGAGGUAAUAGAAAAUUUUACAAAAAGUUUUGUAUUAUAAAGAUAAUAAAAUGUAUGAUUAUGCUCUUAGAGAUUUAAAUUAAGCAAUUCAAAUUAAUAAUAAUUAUAAAUUGGGUUACUAAAAUAGGGGUGAAUAUCAUAAUAACUAAUAUUUUAGGCAGAUUAUAUAAAAAAAUUGGUGAUUACUAGAAAGCAUUAAGUGAUUAUAAUUUAGAAAUUCAAUUUAAUCCUAAAGAUGUAAUAACAUACUGCAAUAGAGGUAGUUACUAUUAUAGUUAAUAUUUAGGCAGUUUAUACCAGCAUAUUGGUGAUAGUUAAUAAGCACUAAGCGAUUAUAAUUCAGUAAUCUAACUUGAUCCAAAAGAUGCAAUAACAUACUACGAUAGAUGUAAUUGCUAUUGCAGUUAAUAAUUUUAGGCAUUUUUUAUCAGAAUAUUGGUGAUAACUAAUAAGCACUUAACGAUUACAAUUCAGCAAUCCAAAUUGAUCAAAAUUUUGUAGUUUUUUGGUUUUGUAAAGGUAAAUUAUGCUAUAAUUUAGGUGUCGUUUUAACUUUUUUAUAAGAUAAUGUAUUAACACAUAAAUUAAAGCAAUUUAUAGAUGUUAUUUAAUGUUAUGAUAAAGUUCUUUCAAUUACGAUCAAUCCGAUAACAUUUAGGUGAAAAGGUAUUAUAAUCUUAAUAUAAAUAUAGCUGAUUCACUAGUGGAGUUAGGGAAUAAAAAGCAAGCUAAAUAAUGUUAUUUUUCUGCUUUGGAAAUAG